CAUAAACAAGUAGUUCUACCUUCCCUCGGGAGGUGUAAAUUUUACAGAUUAUGCUUUAUUGGUAUUUAAGUGUCGAUUCUAAUGAAAAUAAUGUAACUGGUAGAUGUCGGCCCUUUCAGUUUGUGUCCCGUCAGAAAGCUGCCUGGAGCAGCGGAGUUGUCAGAAUUGAGACAUACGGAGCUGUGGCCCAGCAUCUGUACAGAGAUGUUCUUUUAUUCACCUCUGGAGCAGGGAUAAACUGUGGCCCUUGUAAUUUGAGUCCAACUGUCGAAGGGGAAUCAAGUUAAUAACGAUCACUAUUUUUAUUUUUUCUUGUCACGGAUGGUGGCUGAGUCCGUCAGCGAUGGAAUUGAGACAAUGAUACGCGAUGAAUAAAACUGAUGCUGGAUUAAUGUUAGGGACAGUCAGUGCGGGUGACUGGCCAGCUGCGCUUCCUUCUUUGGAUCCCGGCUCCAACUCUGUUUAACAGCGCCUCACCACCUGGCUGGGAAAUCUUACAAGCUUUCAAAAGAAAUCACGAGUGAAAGGAAGAAACACCUUCUUUUGCCAGGUUGAGAGCUACAACGAAUGUCUAGACUCUCUUGAAACGAAUCGAGUUAGAUUCCGCCAAAUUCUUAUGGGUGUUCUGAGUUUGAACUGGACAGUGAAUUACCGUUCUAUAUAAACAUUUGGCCAUUCCAUUCUCACUUUUAACAAAUAGUUUCUUCGCAAAGCUUUUUAUUGUGAGUUUUGUGGAUGUGUGUAUUUGAGAUUUGUUUGUAUUCUUUAGCACAUAUAGCCUUUGGGGCUUUCUUUACAACGCAGUUUAAAUGCUAAGAGUGUUUCGCCUGCUUGAUGAGUGAGAAAAGAGAACGAGCGGUGUCUGGUGUCAAGCAUACCUAGAACUGGCGAAGAUUGGUGAUGACACUUUGAGAGAAAAAAUGCCGGUGAAGAAACAAGACACUCAACGUGCUUUACUGCUUCUUGAAGACUACUGUUCAAAGCUGAAGAAACCAGAGGAAAAACAACUUAAACGUGCUGUUGAAAGAGUUAUAAGUAUCUUCAAAAGUGGAUUGUUUCAGGCACUACUAGAUAUCCAAGAAUUCUAUGAAGUCACAUUACUGAAUUCUCACACAAACUUUGCACAGAAAACUGCUGAAGUCAACCACGUGGUAGAAGAAUGGGAAGGGAGAAAUUCCCAUGUGAUGGUCACACAAAAGAAUAUCUCAGAGCCAGUUGGGACAGAACAAGAUUCAACAUUAGCAAGAGUGAAAGAAGAAACUGAUGAACAGGAAGGAGAAUUGCCAACAAAAUUGCAAGAACAAUGGGACCAUGUCCAGAACUAUCAUUAUCAAGAUGAAGAUACAUCACCACAUGAAUAUAGCUUACCACAGCUAACCAAUGAAGUCAAAGGCCCUGAGCUUGUUCAUGUGUCUGAGAAGAAUUUAUCGCAGGUUGAGAAUAUCCUUGGAUAUGUGUCACAUGCUCACAUUUCUCCAUUAAAGGUUUGUCCCUGUGAUGUCCAAGCCCAGCUGCUUGACUUGACUGACAUGGAAGAACAGCCAUAUGAUCUGGAGCUUGAAGAUGCUGUGAACUUUAAAGAAGGCACAGAAUCCCAUCAGGCGAGCCCUGCCCCCAUGAUUGUAAACACAGAAACACUGGAGACAGUCCCAUAUGUUAAUGGAACAGAAAUAGAAUAUGAAUUUGAAGAAAUCACAUUGGAACGGGGUAAUUCUGGCCUGGGAUUCAGUAUAGCUGGAGGCACAGACAAUCCUCAUAUUGGAGAUGAUCCUGGGAUAUUUAUUACGAAAAUUAUCCCUGGGGGAGCAGCAGCUGAAGAUGGACGGCUAAGAGUCAAUGACUGCAUUUUACGGGUGAAUGAAUUUGAUGUAUCUGAAGUGUCACACAGUAGAGCUGUAGAAGCCUUGAAAGAAGCUGGUUCAAUUGUACAACUGUAUGUGCGUAGACGAAGGCCUAUUUUGGAGACUAUUACAGAAAUAAAGCUCAUAAAAGGACCCAAAGGAUUGGGAUUCAGUAUUGCUGGUGGUGUGGGUAAUCAACAUAUUCCAGGAGAUAAUAGUAUAUAUGUUACAAAAAUAAUUGAUGGAGGAGCUGCACAGAGAGAUGGAACAUUACAAAUUGGGGAUCGACUGCUUAUGGUAAAUAACUACAGCUUGGAAGAAAUAGCACAUGAAGAAGCUGUAGCGGUGCUGAAACACACAGCAGAUGUGGUAUAUCUUAAGGUUGCAAAACCUGCUACUGUUUACAUAAAUGACCCUUAUGGACCUCCUGAUAUUACACACUCUUAUUCCCCUCCAAUGGACAAUCACAUCCUUCCCUCAGCUGGGAAUAAUGAUAUGCUGGAUUACAAAUCCUCGCUUCCACAGAUUACAUCAGGAAGAUAUUCUCCUCUUCCAAAACACAUACUUGGUGAAGAUGAUGAUAUCAGGGAACCAAGAAAAUUUGUGCUGCACAGAGGAUCUGGUGGAUUAGGCUUUAACAUUGUUGGGGGUGAAGAUGGUGAAGGAAUAUUCAUUUCGUUUAUCCUGGCAGGUGGACCAGCAGAUCUUAGUGGAGAGCUGCGAAGAGGUGACCAAAUUCUAUCAGUAAAUGGCAUAGAUCUGCGUGCUGCAACACAUGAGCAGGCUGCACUGGCUCUAAAAGGAGCAGGCCAGACUGUGACUAUGGUUGCUCAGUACAGACCUGAAGAGUACAGCCGGUUUGAGGCAAAAAUCCAUGACUUACGGGAACAGAUGAUGAAUCAGAGCAUGAGUUCGGGGUCUGGUUCCCUAAGAACUAAUCAGAAACGCUCAUUGUAUGUAAGAGCUCUAUUUGACUAUGACAAAGCCAAGGACAGUGGUCUUCCAAGUCAAGGUCUCAGCUUCAAAUAUGGAGACAUUUUACAUGUUAUCAACGCCUCUGAUGAUGAAUGGUGGCAAGCACGAAUGGUUACACCUGAAGGAGACAGUGAAGAGAUGGGUGUUAUACCAAGCAAAAGAAGAGUUGAAAGGAAAGAACGAUCUAGACUUAAGACUGUAAAGUUCAAUGCCAAUCCUGGAGUGAUUGAUGCCAAAGGGUCAUUCAAUGACAAGCGUAAAAAGAACCUCAUCUUUUCACGAAAAUUCCCAUUCUACAAGAACAAGGACCACACUGAGCAGGAUACCAGUGAUCCAGAACAACAUCUUACUUCUAAUGCCAGCGAUAGUGAAAGUAGCUACAGGAGCCCAGAGGACUGCAUUCUUUCAUAUGAACCAGUUAUACAGCAAGAGAUUAAUUACAGUAGACCUGUCAUUAUUCUGGGCCCAAUGAAAGACCGAGUUAAUGAUGAUCUGAUAUCAGAAUUCCCAGACAAAUUUGGCUCUUGUGUACCACAUACUACAAGACCAAAACGCGAUUAUGAAAUGGAUGGACGAGACUAUCACUUUGUUACCUGUAGAGAUCAAAUGGAGAAGGACAUCCAGGAGCACAAAUUUAUUGAAGCAGGACAAUACAAUGAUAAUCUAUAUGGAACUAGUGUCCAAUCUGUAAAAUAUGUAGCAGAACGGGGCAAGCAUUGCAUACUCGAUGUUUCAGGAAAUGCUAUAAAACGGUUACAAAUUGCUCAACUUUAUCCCAUUGCUAUUUUUAUCAAACCCAUGUCUGUGGAGUCAUUGCUGGAAAUUAAUAAACGCUUAACAGAAGAGCAAGGCAGAAAGACAUUUGAUAGAGCUCUGAAGCUGGAACAGGAAUUUGGAGAACAUUUUACAGCAAUAGUACAAGGAGAAACCUUGGAAUCGAUUUACAACCAAUGCAAACUAGCAAUUGAAGAACAGUCUGGUCCAUACAUUUGGGUUCCUUCAAAAGAAAAAUUGUGAAUCAACCAUAGAUGUGAGACUGAUAAGAAUUUCUGUUCAGAUAGUGAUAUUUAAUUUAUUUUUAAGUACAUUUUUCAUCUGUAUCCAUUGCACAUAAUCAUGAAUACACUUUAAAUUAGAAGCUCAGCAGGAUUUUUCUGCACAGAACAGACCUAUUUUCAAGGGGAGGGGGUGCCAAAACAACCAGGACAAGAUUUGAAAAAGACAAAAAGGCUUUUGGGACACUGUGGAGAAUCCAACAAUAUUUGUAUAUCCAAACUACUUAUGCAUCGAAAACAGUUCUUGAAGAAAGUGUUUUAGCCCUUAUUGUAAUCAAGUGAACAAAGCAGGGACUCCUGUACUUAAUUUAUUCUCUAAUUGGGCAGUGCCCAGCAUUACAUAUUCAGCCAGUUGUGUGAACUGGUGAUUCAUUAGAAAGCAAAAUCCUGCAGAUUUUGUAACUAUGCAGAUAGAAUUCAUCACAUAAAUUUUAUAAACAGUUUUAUUUUAAGAUUGAACAUUAUAUAAAGAUGAACUCACAUCUAUAAAAUCUAAAUAAAAAGGAUUUUCAAGUAUUUAACACAUUUUAGAAUGUGUCUAAUUUGACAACUGGUUAAAAUCAGAAUUAUCUUCAAUACACAAUAUACAUUUUAAUAUUUAUAUUCAGAGGUUAUUGAAAUAAUUUAUAGUAAAUGAAAUAUAUUGCUGUAAAUUGUGAGGUCUAUUGGUCAUGUUUUAUGACAGUUCCAGUGUUGACUGGAAGUAUUAUUUUAAAGAAAUUUAGGGAGCGGGGCAAUUUGUGGCUGGUUUUCUGUGAUUAGAAUUUAAAUGAAUUGAUUAUCAAUUGAUUUGUGAAUAACAGUAAAUUCACUGCCAUCUCCAACUGUUGCUUGUGAAAAUGGACUUACUUUUCUUCUUUUAUGAAAAAAGCAUGCAGCCUGAAAUUUUAACCUCUAUCUAAUUAGUCAAUGUUAAUUUGUGUGCUCUGCAUUACGGUUUGAAGAUUAAUAACUGUGGCUAAGUACAAUCAAAAAUGUCAUUGUGAUUUCCUACCUAGCCAUAGAAAUAUUUUGUUCUUUUUGUUUGAUCCAAUUUAUUAUUUAGUUCUGCUCUGUGUGGCUGCUUCUACUCUAAAGCUACUAUUGCAAUUCUUUGAAAUUUAUCUAAUUUGCUUUUCUUUUUUGUUUGAUUGGCUGGAAUUUUAUCUUCUGUGUUACUGAGUGAGUUGUACUGUACAAACUGCUAUAUUUAAGGUGCACUGUAAAAUUAUGCUUAUCCUGUGCUGGUUUGAUCACAGCUAAGCUCAAUUUUAAUCUAUUUUAUAAAAUUUGAAACACUCCAUACCCAUUAUAAAAGAUGUAAGCAAGUCAUUUUAAGCUCUGAAUAGAUAGAAUCAUAGAAUUAUUACAGCACUGAAGGAGGCCAAUCAGCCCAUUAUGCCUGUGCCAGGUCUCUGUAGGAGCCACAGAAAUCAUUCCACUCCCCUACCUUUUCCCAAAACCCCUGAAAUUGAUUUCACAUAAUUAUCCAAUACCCUUUGAAAGCCAUGAUAAUAUCUGCAACUACUACAUUCUCAGGUAGUGAAUUCCAGAUCCUAGCCAUUCACUGGGGAAAAAAAUAUUUUCUUUUGUUCACCUUUGCCAUUCACCUUAGAUCAUUAUCCUCUAGGUUACAACCCUUCUGUAAAUGGAAACAGUUUCAUCCUACCUAUGCUGUCCAGAAUACUGUUGAACACUUCUAUUAAGUUUCUCUCAUCCUUCCAUCUUAUCAAGAGUACAGCCCCAGCAUGUUCAAUCUGUCCUCAUAAUUGAAAAUCUUAUGCUUGGAACCAUUCUUGUAAAUAUUUCCAAUGCAUUCACAUUCUUCCAAAAAAUGAUGAUGAUAAUUAGACAUAAUAUUCUAACUGAGGCCAUAGCAGUGUUUUAUAAUGGUUCACUAUAACAUCUUUAUUCCUGAUGAAGGGCUUUUGCCCGAAAAGUCGAUUUCGAAGCUCCUUGAAUGCUGCCUGAACUGCUGUGCUCUUCCAGCACCACUAAUCCAUUCUUGCCCAUAUGUCUUGUUAACUAAUUUCUCUACCUCCCUACCAACUUCAAUGAUUUGUGAACAUAAAAUCUCAGGUCCAUUGCUCUUGCACCCCUUUUAGAACUGCGUCCUUUAUUUUGUACCGUCUUUCUUUAUUUUUUUUCCUGCCAAAUUAAAUGGAGCACUUAUCUAAAGAAGAACACACUUACAUUCUAGCAAAAUGCUGCAAAUACUAGAAACCUGAAAUGAAAACUGAAAAUGUUCAAAUUUCUGAGUUGGUCCAGCAGUAUCUGUGUGGAGAUAAGUGGAUUUAAUAUUUCAGACAAUGACCUAUUGUUAAAACAAUUACCUAUUACUAUUUUCUAAGAAUAUGCUCUUUUGUCUUAUAAUUACCAUUCAGUUACACAUUACAAUAUGUGCUUAUCAAUGUGCCUCUGUGAUUGCGACUGGUAGAAUAGUUUAGGGAGUAAUGGGUAUGGAGUAAACAAAUUGACCCAUCAGUGAAGCUUUCAAUUCAAUUUGACCAGCUAUUUGCAGAAUAUUUAUCAACUCUUGGUCCAUGAUGUUAGAAUUCUCAGGAGUUAAACUUACAGUACUUGGGUAUCACAGGUCUUGAAUUGAAGCUCCCAUGGAGUACCAAAUUUCAUCAAUCACUGAUACAAAACCAAAAUACUGCAGAUGCUGGAAAUCUGAAAUAAUAAGAGAAAAUGUUGGAGAAACUCAACAGGUCAGGAAGCAUCUGCAAAGGAAAAUAAUAGAAAUGAUAACUUUUAGUCAGUUCACCUUACCUGUUCAAACAUAAGGUCAUUGACCUGAAAUAUUAACUUUCUCUUUCUCCACAGAUGCUUCCUGACUUGCUGGGUAUUUCCAGCAUUUUUUUUAUUUUUUGUCAAUUGCUAUUGUUUCAUUCCACUUCAGUCAUGCAUGUGAAAUCAAUAGUCCUGAAAUCUCCAAAGCAAAAGUACAUACUUAAUGUGUGUGUACUUUAAUUUAUUUAAGAAGCUCACAAAUGCACCUUUUCAUGAAUUUCUAAAGAUUUGAAAAGUGGUUUGAAUUUAUAAUAUUAAUCAUAAUCUAAACUUUGUAUGGAAUGACCAAUAUGCCAUUGUCCCUUCAUAUGAUAUUAAGUGAUUCUUUUUGUUGAACGUUUGGGGUGGGGUAAGAGUCUUCUAGAUCCUAUAUAUUUUUACAGGAAGUGAAAUCAUCUGCCUCUACUUUUUUAAAAGCCCUAAUGAAAGUACUCCAAAUAUUCCACUGUGUCAAAAUCUGGGAACUUGAAGGGGCCAGGACCCAUUGGUCUUACCAUAAUUGGGUGCAUCAAUUAACCUGAAGAAUUUAAAGCUUUUGCACAUUUUGUAACUAUAAGCUGAAAAAUAAUGUAACUAGAGAGAAAGACCUUGUUUCAAAACUUGCAGAUUAUUCCCUGAAACUACACCACCUGCUGUAGUUGGAUGAGACUGAAGAAAAAGCUCCACUGCUGGAACAAGCUCAUAGUUACCAGUAUAGAGGAUCUUAAAAUAUAGAUUAGUUAUUUGUUGAUUGUAAAUAAUCAAUUUCUUAUAUUCCACUUAUGUAAAGAAAAAGAAAUAAAGAAUUGGACUGUACAUUUAUCAAUAGAAAUAUGUAUUCAUGCUUAUUAAUGAUUUUUUAAAUUAAAUUGCCCUUUAUUCGGUUAGAGACACCCUUAACAUAUACUGCUUUUGAUCAGUUUCAUGUCUGUAUUUCAUGUUUCAUGUUGGAUGCACUACUUCACAAUGAACCUUCAAAACCUUAAUUCAAUAAAGUCACUUCUCUGUAUGCUAUCGUGUGCACAUUUUGAUGGCUGUAAUGUAUUGUUUGUUACAUGCCUGCCUUUCCUUUUUUAGAGUGUUUUGUUAAGAGACGUUUCAUUUAAUAAUCUAAAGCUUGCACAGAUUAAUCUUAUUGAGCAAAUGUUAAAUUUUAUUUGUAAACUAUUCUAAAAUUAACACAUGGUGCUUUCUUUGAACUUGAUUCCCAGCAAUAAUUAUUUUCGGAUGCAAUCAUUUGAUUGAAGAAUCAAUUCCAAAUCGAUUGAGGAUGGUGAAAGUCUAAAGAUCAUUCUUAUUUUUACAAAUGGAACCAAUAAAUAACAUUUUAAAGUAAACUUUUUUCUGACAACAAUAAAUCAAGCAGAAACAUAUCUGAUAACAAUGUAAAACUGGUACAUUCGAAAUAAUGUAUUACUAGCUAUCAUGAAUAGUCCAGCAGAUUUCAUACUGGAAUAGAAGACCCAUGCUAAUUAAAUCAUUCUCUCUAUUCAAUCUUUAAUUAGUGUUGUAUGCUAUUCCAACAUAAACCAUGAUGGGUCAUUCAGUAUAGCUUUAAUAUAGUUUGUCUCAACAAAACCUCAGUUAUAUGAUACAGUAAUUAUCCGCAUGUUUAAAGCAACAUUGUCUCUCGUGGUUUUUCAAAACCAGACGUUAUUUUGAAAUUGUAACAACUGAAAACUGUAGCUCGGCUGUCUCAAAGUUCUACAAGGAUCUGUGCAAUUUGUGUAAAAGCAUUGGGUGUGAAUGACACAAUGUACUGUUUGUGGUACUAUAAAUAAACAUGGCAGCUGAAUUCUCUAG